CGGUCUACGGUUGAUUGUGAUACCGCGAUAAAGUAAAGUCAGUCUUGUAGUUGAUACGUCAAGUGAAUUCAUGUACGGAAAAAUAUUUUCGUGCCGAGGAGUGAUGUCAAUUAAAAUUUUUUUUAUUUUCGAUGUAUAUCACUGAAUGAAAUGCAAGUUGGACAAAAAAACGGCGCCUGGAAAGUGAAUCGCAAGUCAUAGUCAGUACGUCUAGACUUGUAAGAACUAAAGAUAUGUUUUGCUGGGGUAGUACUGUCCAUGGCGAACUUGGCCUUGGAGGUAUAGAAGAUGAGAAUAUUCUUGUUCCCCGUGAAUUGGAAUUCAAAAAGUCUACUCAAGUAGAACAUAUUGCUUGUGGUGAGAACUACACUGUUGUUAUAACUCGAGAUGGUCAGAUCUAUUCGUGUGGUAACAACGAUCAUGGACAACUUGGUCACGAAAAACCGAGGAAAAGGUUACAUCUUAUACCGGGUCUGGAUGCAUUUUUAUUCAAAAGAGCUGCCUGCGGCGCAAGUCACACAAUGGCUGUUAACGAGUGGGGCCAACUUUUUAGUUGGGGUUCGAAUGCUGAUGGCCAGCUAGGAUUGAAUUUGAACAAUUUCGAUGAACGCACUCCACGGAUGGUGAAAACUUUAGGUGCAAGCGUUGUUGUGCAAAUAGCUUGUGGACUAAAGCACACACUUGCACUAACAAACAAUGGAGAACUUUAUGCCUGGGGCUGCAAUAAAGAAGGACAGCUUGGUAUUGGUGGCGAAUCAGUUAAAGAAUUGAAACCAAAGCUGGUCACCAGCUUAGCUUCUGUCCCUAUGUCUUAUAUCGCGUGUGGUGGUUACCACAGCAUUGCAGUCUCAAAAUCUGGUGCUGUUUUUUCUUGGGGCAGAAAUAUAUAUGGUCAGUUAGGAUUGAACGACACUCGCGGUCGGGGUCUACCUUCCCAAUUAAGAACGCUUCGUAAUAUAAAAGUACGAUAUGUCAGCUGUGGUGAGGACUUUUCUAUAUUUUUAACAAUGGAUGGUGGAGUUUUCUCUUGUGGUGCAGGCAUGUAUGGACAACUGGGCCAUGGCAAUAAUAAUAGUGAUAUUUUACCCCGCCAAGUCAUGGAACUUAUGGGCAGUACAGUUACACAGGUGUCCUGCGGACGACGGCACACUCUUGCCUUCGUUCCAUCUAGAGGUCGCGUUUAUGCUUGGGGUCUUGGCGGAGCUGGACAAUUGGGUGCUCGAGUUUCUCGAAGUGUUUCCACUCCACAGGUGGUACUUGGCCCCUGGGUUUCGCCUAACGGAGCCGCCAUGGUUCAACCUGAUAUCUCAGCUACUCCACAUUCUGUGGAUUGUGUUGUUCGACAUGUUUUCACUGGCGGUGAUCAUUGCUUUGCCACUGUAACGCAUAGAAAGGAUAACAUUCAACCAGACGACUGCAGAAUAUUACCACCAUCAACACAAGUACUGACAGUUACUGAGGAACAAUUGGGAGCUUGCCAAAGAGUGCCAAAAGAUGCAUCUGUUGAUCAUGACCUUCUCACAUAUCUAGAGACUGUAUUCAGUAGUCAGGCAUGUCUAAAUGCAUCAUUCUUACUCGAUGACGAUGCUCAUUAUGGAUGUUCAAGCAAACAUCACGGUGUGGAUCUUGAUAAAGCGACAAAAUUGUUUACAACCAUUGCUGAUCUUGACAACAAUACUAUCAAAGAACUGAUCUUUACAUGUCUGACUGAAAGUCUGUUACCAACCCUAAUGCCAUCACCCCCUGAUGUCGAAUCAUUACGAGUAUAUUUGGUGCUGCCUCUCUACCAUGGCUUUGACGACCCUAAACUUUGUAAUAGCUUACACAACCCGUUUUCUAAAGCAGUCUCACAACUAAAACCUGAGGCCUUAAAAGUCAUAAGCUUAUGGUGGAGUCAGGCACCCAAGGAUUAUUUUGAAAGAUUAGUCCGGAGUUAUAAAUCAGUCGUUUCACACUUCUUGCAGCAGCCAAAAGUUGCAGAAAACAAGACUGUGGUAUGGGAUGCAACACUUCAGCUUGCUUUGGACUUUUUAAGAUUAUUGAACAAACUAAAUCACACAACGGCUGAUGGCUUACGAGUACCGUAUACAUCGUUUCAUUUACCAGAGCUGUCUGAGUGUAUCGACGUGAGAACUGAUUAUGUGAAAUGGCUCACGGAAAAACACCCGUAUGCAUACCAUAAAAUAUUUUUCUGCAACUAUCCAUUUCUGUUUGAUGCUCAAGCAAAGACAAUGUUACUAGAAACAGAUCAAGCAAUACAGAUGCGAUCAGCAAUGAACGAAGCAGCGACUAGAGCAAUAACUCAAAUGUUAUUUACUCCUUUUCCUGCUGGAAAUAUUAGUGCAUACGUGACAUUGAAUGUAUCUCGGGAAAAUUUAGUUAAUGACACACUGAGAGAGUUGUCCCAAUAUAACUCAAGUGAUCUUAAAAAGCCCCUCAAGGUGAAAUUUCAUGGCGAAGAAGCCGAAGAUGCUGGCGGUGUUAAAAAAGAAUUUUUCAUGCUUCUACUUAGAGAAAUUUUAGAUCCAAAAUAUGGUAUGUUCAAACAAUAUGAGGAAACGAGAACCAUUUGGUUCAGUGAAGAUUCCCUUGAGGACGAAGUGAUGUAUUUUUUGAUCGGUCUUCUCUGUGGGCUAGUCAUUUACAAUUUUAUCAUAAUUGAUUUACCAUUUCCACUCGCUUUGUACAAAAAGUUGUUACAAGAACCUGUUGGACUUGCUGAUGUUAAAGACAUGUCUCCUGUUCUGGCUAAGAGUUUACAAGAUGUCCUGGAUUACAAUGAACCAGAUUUAGAAGAGGUAUUUUGUUUGCAUUUUGAAGUGACGAGAGAAGUUUUUGGUGAACAAAGAAUUUAUGAAUUAAUCACAAAUGGUAGUAACGUUCCUGUUACAUUAGAGAACAAGCAAGAGUUCGUCGAUUUAUAUGUAGACUACCUGCUCAACAAAUCAGUAGAUUCGCAUUUCCAAGCAUUUUAUCAAGGAUUUCACAAAGUAUGUGGAGGACGCGUUCUAGAAUUAUUCCACAGCCACGAAUUAAUGGCCGUCAUUGUUGGUAAUGAAAAUUACGAUUGGGAUGAGCUGGAAAAAAAUGCAGUUUACAAAAAUGGCUACACUAAGAAUGAUCCUACAAUUGAAAUGUUCUGGAAAGUUUUUCAUGAGCUUUCUUUAGAAGAGAAGAAGAAAUUCCUAUUAUUUUUAACGGGUAGUGACAGGAUACCCAUACAAGGCAUGAAAGCUAUCAAAAUAACAAUUCAGCCGAUGUCAGAUGACCGAUUUUUGCCAGUAGCUCAUACGUGUUUUGAUCUGUUAGAUUUACCUCGGUACCAAACGCGAGAAAGAUUACGUUACAAACUUCUCCAGGCUAUCCAGCAGACCCAGGGAUUCUCGUUGGUCUAGGAUUUCAUGUAAUGAUUGCGACUAACGGUAAUUAAUGUCUGCAGAAGUAGUAAUCAUGAUCGUCAGCUUGCAGAAAUUUGAAUCAGUAACAAUUGAAAAAGUACGUUUCUGAAAGAAAGAUGCGGUCAAAGCGAUGUUAUUUUGCAGCUAUUAUUGAUUGUGGUUUUACGUCAAAGGUUUUCUGGGACUCACUUAUAACCAUAUAUGCAUAAAGGAUUUGUUAUAUCGGAUUUGUUUUAGCACACUAAAGAUAAAUUUUAUCAAAUUUCUGUAGCAAAAUAUUUCAAACAGAACAGCUUUAACUCGGGAGUUGAUUUUUCAGAACAGGAUCGAUCAAAAUACAGUAAAAGUAAACAGUCACGUCGUUUGCUUUUUUUUAAUCCGAAUUCAUUCCUUCGACCUACCCGCGUCUUCCACAAUGUUAUUAUUAAUCAGGAACCGUAUUUAAACAGCACGGAAAUGACGUUUUUCACUGUUCGAGUUAUGCAGAAUAAAAAAUUAAAUAUAAAAAAAAAAAAAAAAUAAUAAAUAUAAAACAAACGAAACUCAAAACAAAUAGCUGGACUAUCGAAAUUUUAAUUAUUCAUCUGUAAAGUUUGUUUUUUACGCGUAUUCAUAUGCUGUAAUAAGGCCAAAUUACUGCUGAAUAUAGAGACGAUGGCCUGGGGAAUAUCUCUGUAACUAAUAUUACACAUUCAAAUUAGAUGGUAAUAUUGCAAUGCUGUUCUUAUUCGAAUUGCCUACCUCUAGCUUCACCUCUGUCUGAAACGGUGAUUUUAUGCUUCUCGAAGAUGUAUCUAUAUUAAAAGAGAUUUUUUAUUAAUCAUUACCUCAUAAAAACUUGUGACGUCAAUGCACCAACAAAGAUUCCAUGUUACAAUCAUGAGGUAGUAAGAGUAACAACUUCUAUUUUUCUAUAAAACGAUAAUAUUAGUGGUUUAUUAUGAUUUUCAGCUUAACAUUACUAAAUAUAUUUAUUUUUAGAGCAAUUUUAUAUUUGAUAGAAACGUGUUAAAACGAUUUACAGAUUUAAAUAUUUCUUAUAGAGCCGUUUGUCGAUCGACUUGUGUGUUGAAAAACAAUUUUCUCGUACCAUAGUUUCAUUACAGUAGUUUGAUGCUUUUCCAUAUGCAGGUGAAUGUCAGUCUCUGGGAAACUUUAAUGUUUUUCGCUCGUCAUUUGCCGUAUAUACUUGAUGAAAGUCGCUGUAAUGAGAUCGUGUUACAAUAAAAUUGUUUGGGCAUCGAUUGGUUGUUUAUUAAAAUUUUAUGGAAAUAAUGAAUAAUAAAUCAGAGAUCCCCUUUGCCCCUUUUUGCUAACACAUGUACAAUGUGCGUAUAUGUAAAUUUUGCGGCCUAAGUUUUCGAAAACGGUACGGUAUUUUCUCGACAUUAACUUGUUUCUGACAUGAAAAAUAAUUAGCGCAAAAUGACAAUUUUCAUGACGAAUUAUCAAGAAAAAUGAAAAUGCUGAAAUACCGUUUUCAAGAUACUUGGCGUAAAAUCAACAUAAUAGCUAUAAUUUCAAUUUGGCUCAAUGAUCAUUGGGGGCAUUCGGUAGCUACUCAACUAUCAAGCGGUAUUUCACGUAAAAUAAAAUCAUGGCAAAAGUACAACUGAAAUGUGAUAUCGCAAUCAACCAAAUUCUAUAAACUGAGAAUUUACCUCGCGAUAUCAUCCGUACAAUGCACAAGUGGCAGUGUCACGAAUAAAAAAUUAUCAGUCACUUUUUUGUUGAUUUUACUCUUUUAAUUUGCGUAAUUCAGGUCACAGCCACGACACGUGGAUUUUUCUAGAGCACGCGAACAAUGAUUUGAGUCUUUUAUAGUGACGAUUUUAAUUGACUUGAAAAAAUACAAUUUGCUAAGUUCACAUCUAUAUUCAUGUAACAUGUGAUGAAAAGAUUUUUUGCGGGUGCUUUAUUAUUUCCACGGAAUGCGCAGGAUGUUUUUAAUGCUUUUUAAUGCAAAAUAAAUUAAAAAAAGGCAUAAUGUUACGAUAACAUGAGUUAAUGAUUGAAUAAACGUUAUUGUUGAUUUAUACCAUUGAUAUUAUCUAAACUUAUAAUGCAACUCGCCAUUAUUAUUUAUUAUUAAAAAUAGAGAAAUAAUAUACGUAGAAGUGUGUGCACCUCUGAUCAUAAACAAUGAAAAAGCUCAAACUCUGAUUUUUGUGACAAUUUCCAGUGUAACAAAAUCGACGAUUUACGGUGUUUGAAUUACCUGAAAAAUUAUUUCACUGAAUUGUCAAUAUUUAAAUUUUCGAAACGCUUUCUUGGGAAAAAACUGUUUUUCCUUACAGUUUCUGUCAUAGAUCGAAAACCACUGCAGAAUUGCACAAAAUUCGGGAUGAUGAAGCUUCUGUUCAUUUAAGUUUCGUAAUUAUGUUUUUGACUGUAAUUCCAUGGACAAUAACAGUAUGCGAUACGUCGUAAAAAAAUUCUUAGGUGAGUUUAGAUUUCUUGGUUAUCAAAUUAAUUAUUGAUAUUAUCGUUAUUUAUAUACCUUAUUGAUGCAUUUACAUUUUACUGUUGCGAAGAUAUUUUUGAUUCUUCGUAAAUGUGCAGUCAAAGAGCCUUACAGUUAACAACAUUGUUGGUGAUACUAAUUAAUAAUAAAAAAAUUUUAGAUAUGGUUAUGUAUCUUGUAUCCAGCAUUAUGUCAAAUAAAGAUAAAUGAUUCAAUUAAC